AUGUGUGAAAAGCUUGAUUUGAAUGUAAAUAAAUUAAGCGUAGAAGAGUCUCAGUUUAUUUUGGACGAGAUUACAACACUGCUAAACACGGACCCAAUUAAAAGUUUUUGUAGUUAUAGAAUUACCAACGCGGGCGGGAAAUAUUAUGUGGAAAGGAUUGAAAGCAACUGGGUAAGCAGACCGUUGGUGAUUACGGUAAUGGGCCAUGUGGACCACGGCAAGACCACCCUACUUGACUACAUACAUAAAACAGAUGUUGCAAAGACAGAAAAAGGGCUUAUUACCCAGAAGAUCUCAGCGUUCCAAAUUUCGCUAAAUUCCACCUCACCAUCAACUCCCACAAGAGUAACUUUUAUUGACACGCCAGGUCACGCAGCAUUCUUAACGAUGCGUGAAAGAGGUGUGUCUUGCACAGACCUGGUUAUCCUGGUGGUUGCAGCUGACGACGGAAUCAUGCCACAAACACUUGAGUGCAUAGACCUGAUUAAAAGGUACAACCUGAGGGUGAUAGUGGCUAUCAAUAAGGUGGAUUUAACACCCGAAGAGUCAGUUGCACAGGUUUCCGAAAUGGUUAAGUCUCACCUUGUGGGCUGUAAUUUGCUGGGAACAGUAGAAAUUAGCGCGAAAACGGGUCACAACGUUGAUAAGCUCAUAUCUGAGAUCCAGAAGUUACAACUGGAAAUGAACCUGAGAAUUGAUAAAAACGCUAUAUUUAAGGGCUACAUCUAUGAAACGAUCCAGGACCCAACCAGAGGAAAGUGCAUCAACAUACUAGUACAACAAGGAACAAUACAUCCAAACGAUUACAUAUUAAUUGAUAAUCAAAUUAUUAAGGUUAAAUCCCUUUAUGUCAUCGGUGACUCGAACUCUAAUGCCAUCCCAACCAGGCCCAUUAAUACCAAAGAACUGGACCAAGAUACAGGACUGAUUCAAAUUGGGGUCAAUGCAAAUAUAAGUAAUUUAGCAGGAACUGUAGUAGUUGGAAACAAAUCACUAAAAGAACUACAGAACUAUCAACUCCUAAUCAACAAAUUAAUUAAUACCAAUAAUCAAAAUGAAGCAAAUUCUAGAGAAUGUUUGAUACCGUAUAUUGCAAUUAAUUUAAGAUGCUGCGACCAGGGUAGUUUGGAAGCGAUAGAGAAACAUAUUGAUGAGUUCAACAAGAACGCCAAGGAAAAUCUAAACGUACUCAAUCUCAUUAAUCGCAACUAUAUCAAAACCGAUCUUUCGAGUGAUGAUCUCAAGGCAGAUAAGGAGCUGGGGAUCUCAGAACUCAGAGACAAGUACUCCAAGUAUACUGAGGAUUGGGUCCCCUUUAAGGUCAUCAGUAAAAACCUGGGUAAUUUUAACACCAAAGAUAUGCAACUACAAAGUAUCGGAAACGUGGUCAAUAUAGGCUUCAAUGUACAAAAUCAGAUGAAUUUAAACAACAUUGUGAGAACUCAUGAUAUUAUCUAUAACAUUUUCAAUGAUAUCCAGUUGAUGUAUGAGUACUAUUUUGGAGAUGAGAAUAGGAAGAAGAUCGAGUCGAACCUAGUAGUGACACAGUUGGGAAAUAUAACACUGAAGGGAGUUGGGAAGAAACAAGCAGUGGGAACAUCAGUCAAGGAAGGCCAGUGUAAAUUAAACCACUUCUACUCAGUGAUAAGAGAUAGUAAAACAAUCCACAACGAUCUCAAUGUAUUAUCUUUUCAGUCGAAUAAAUCAAACGUCAAAUCAUUAACAAAAGGAGGUACAUUAUUAACUAUAUUACAAAAACCCUGA